CCCGGAAGGAGGAGGAGCGUCGCCAGUCUGGAGUGGGUACCUGGGGCGGAGGCAAAGGCGGAGGCAAAAGCGGAGGAGCUUUGAAAGACUCUUGUUGGUUUUCUGGGUGCGGAGCUCUUCUGGGUCCUGGGGGAUUGUGUCGUCCCUCGCACGUCAUCGUGAAGCUCUAAGGGUCCGGUUUCCUAGCUACGGUGCCCCUCUCUCCCGGAGGCAGAGCAGCGGACUGGCGGGCGUGCUGCGCUGGGUGCCUGCGUUCCGCCAAAGAGCCAGAAGCUUAAGUGAAAAUGGUACAUGUUAGAAGACACGAAACAAGGAAAAAUUCUAAAACUCAAGAGCAUGAGCAGAAAUCUCGAGUUGAUUGGAGGCGGACUAAAAGAAGUAGUAUCUCACAGUUAUUUGAUAGUGACGAAGAGCUUGACAGUGACGAAGAGUUUGAUAGCGACGAAGAGCUUGACAGUGAUGAAGAGCUUGACAGUGAUGAAGAGCUUGAUGAUAACAAGGGGCUUGAUAGUAAUAAACAGCCGGAAAAUGAAAGAGAACUUAGAUUAAUUAAAGUUGAAAGUGAAAGUAGUAACUGUGAGCAUCUCAUGAACACUGGCAACAGUUCAGCAUAUGAAGAAGAAAAGAACAAAAACAAAUAUAGAAGUGUUGAGUUACCAGAUCAUGGAAAACAUUCAAGUCAAGAGGAUGAUGAUCUCAACAAACACACUGGACAAAUAAUAGAAGAGGACUUAGAAGAAGAACACAUCAAGCGAGGGAAGAGAAAAAGGAUCUCCUCUGUUAUGUAUGACAGUGAUGAGAGUGAUGAUAGUGAUAUCCUAGUUAGAAAAGUAGGUGUUAAACGUCCACGUAGAGUGGUUGAAGAUGAAUGUUCUUCAGUUGAGAUGGAGCAAAAAAAACCUGAAAAAACUCUAGCUGCAAGAAAGCGAGAACAACUCCAGAAACUGAAAGAACUCUCAAAACAAAGAUCUCGUCAGAGACGAAAUAGUAGUAGAGAUUUUGAGGACUCUGAAAAGGAAUCCUGCCCAAGCAGUGAUGAAAAUGAUGAUGAGGAGGAGGAGGAGGAGGAGGAGGAGGAGGAUUAUGAAUAUGAUGAAGAUGGAGAUGAUUAUAUUAUUGAUGACUUUGUAGUUCAAGAUGAGGAGGGUGAUGAAGAGAAUAAAAGCCAGCGAGGAGAAAAAUUGACUACAUCACAACUGAAAUUAGUAAAACAGAAUUCUCUUUAUUCUUUUAGUGACCACUAUACUCACUUUGAAAGAGUUGUGAAGGCUCUUCUGAUCAAUGCUUUAGAUGAAUCUUUUCUGGGAACAUUGUAUGAUGGCACCAGACAAAAAUCAUAUGCACAAGAUAUGUUGACAUCUCUCCAUUAUUUGGAUAACCGCUUUGUUCAGCCUCGUCUAGAGAGUUUAGCUUCUAGAAGUCGUUGGAAAGAGCAAUAUAAGGAGCGGGUGGAAAAUUAUUCUAAUGUAAGUAUCCAUUUGAAGAAUCCUGAAAACUGUUCCUGCCAGGCCUGUGGAUUGCAUCGCCACUGCAGAUACUCAGUGCAUUUAUCAGGAAAGUUGUACAACACCAGGACUAUGGAAACAGAUGAUUUCAUGUCACAUGAUAAACAGGUGUUUACUGUUGGCAGAAUUUGUGCUGAUCGUACCCGAAUUUAUCAUAAACUAAAACAUUUUAAGUUCAAGCUGUACCAGGAAUGUUGCUCCAUUGCAAAGACAGAAGAAGUUGAAGAUGAACAGGUUAAAGAAACAGUGGAAAGAAUUUUCAGUCAGUCAAAAGAAAGUGGCUGGAUUAAGGAGAACAGUUCUUGUGACCCGAGAGUGAAGAAGCACCUGGUACCAAUCUGAGGAAAGGAUCUCGGCUGCCAGUUCUAAUACCCCCCACAUCCUCUUCUUGAGGACAUGGGCUGAGCAGUGAGCACUGUAACUGAAGAUCAAGGGGAAUGCAGAGGUUUCAGGCCACGGCACUGAUUUUGAUCCCCCCAAAUCCUGUUGAUCACUAAGUUUGAUAUCAGGGAUAAAGUGGGGGUUUUGAAGAGUGCACUGGAUUCCCGAAGAUCUGCUGGCAGCUCAUAAGCUCUGGUCUGCUCACAGAGCUUUUAGAAUUGUUUAUGGUACUUGGAAAGAAUGCUAAUAUGAUUGCAAUCUUCUAAAACAAGUCUAGUUAUGUGAAUGUAUGAGAGAAAACAUAGUAGAUUUUCAGGCAACUCAGAUCAACAGUAUAUUUAAUCUUUAAAAAAAAAAAAAAAAGCCUGACUUGAGAUCUGUUGCCUAGGUUAUUUAUACCAUAAGGAAAUUUGUAAAAGAGGAAGAUAAAAAAGAAGAGAGCUCAGUGAAUAAACUUACAAGCAGAGGGAAAGAAAAAGAGAACAAACAACAGGAACUUGUCAGGACACGUCAUGUCCCGCAGAGGUCUCCCAGUCUGGACAGUGACAUCAGAACUGGUUUCCCUUCUGACAGUUCUCCUCUCACCACAAGCCCCCACCUGGUGAUCUCUCUGCUUCCCCCACCGCCCCUCCAUCUGGAACCUUCCGUAGUCUUUCUCUCAUUUUACUCUCCUCAGCUUUUUAUCUUUUACUUUGCUUCGACUUCUCUCCCAGUGCUUUCCUCCCUGUCCUCCUCUGUGCUUUUCUAUUAGCCUUAGGGAGGAGCCAUGACUUAUCCAGUAAGUCCCAUCUUCAUUUUCCAUGAUGACAUGAAAUUCUUAGCUGCUUUUAUGGGUGCAUUUAAGGGUUGCCAACCCUCCAGUGGAGUUGAAAAGCCUAUUGGGACACCAUUUUUUAAAAAAUUGUGUAGAAAAAUCACUGCGCAUGUACUAUACAUAUUAUGUAAUAAUAGUAUAAAUGGGGAAGAACGUUAAAAAAAAAUUUUUUUUAAAGAUUUUAUUUAUUUGAC